GGCAGGCAGGCAGGCAAGCAAGCAAGCAAGCAGGCAGGCAGGCAGGGGGCGGGGGUGUGUGGACUCUGGUUUCGGGACCUACAGGCUCCCUGAUUGUGUUCUUGUUAUUUUUAGAAGUGAGGACAAAAGAAAAAGGAUUUUUUUGUGGAGAAAGCCCGGAGCUCGCGGCGGACUGACGGGCCCCCGGAGCUCGGCGCCGCUGGCUGCGGCUUUUGGGUGCGUGGAGAGCGGAGAAGCCUCUCACUCGAGCCCGGGGACUUUCACACAAAACCCGCUUGUAGUGGGCCUCCCGCAGAUUUUUACAAACACCCUGCUUGUAAGGAAGAGAAAUGUGGGCCAUGUGAAUGAAAUGUUCAUGAUGACAGACCUCACAUUUGAACCAUGCGGUAGGAAAAGCAACCAGGCUGAAACCUGAGUAACCGAACCAGUGUGAUUACGGGGACUUUACUGGACUACACCAUGAAAAACUCUAAUGCAUAAUAGUUUUAAAGGGAAAAUGUUUGGAGAAAGAAGAAAAAUGGGGACCAAAGUUUUCUUUUUGUGACUGUGAAACAAAAGAAAUGAACAUUGUUAAGCAGGACAGAAAUACAAUCUUAAAGUAUUUAUCAUAAUGGAACAAUUUAGAAUGUGUGUGGAAUAACGUGUCACCCUCAAGGGGAACGACAGCAUCUGACGGACGUGUCGGUGAACUGUAAUAAUUCCACUGCAUGGCUUGUGCUUACUCAUUAACUGAUCAUUAGCAUUAUGUUGUGUAAGCCAGCCUAUAGCUGAAGUUAUAAAGGGUGCAAAAUGAUUGGAAUAACCCAGAAUUGACUGCUUCAGCUCCGUGAAGAAAGAUUAAGCUGCACUUUUGGUAACACUAUUUUUUUUUCCAACACUUGGCCUUCUCAGAUAAGAACUGGCUAGUUACUCAUUUCAUGUUGUUUGCACGUAAACUCCUUUCAUCUAAAAUCUUUUGCCAAACUGCUAUGACCACACAGUGGAAAUUUUGACUCCUGUCAAUCUGAAUGGAUGUGACAGCUGCUAGGUUUGUCACUAUCACAUCCUGUUGUUACAUUUAGCCUAUCUGUUGCGAAGUUCACACAAGUAUUCUCUUUGCUUUACCAGCCUGUUACUACUCCACAUGUUGCUGCUAUGAUUUAUGAUUAUUUCAUCCAUCAGCUACAGCCUGUAAAGCAACUUUUCUAGUGACACAGUCACAACUUUCAUGCAAGUGAUUUUUUUGGAUAUUUCAGUUUUUAGGUGAAGCAGACAUUCCUUUGUGUUUAGCUUUGAGAUUCUUUUGACAGAAAAAGUCUUACUCUGAAACAACUGCUAAUCUAAAACACUAAUACCACAAAAAUGCAGAACUUUCCCAACAGUCCUGCCCAUCCGCCUCCAGGGUUUCAUAGCAGGGGUGGAAACAUGGUUGGCUCUCCUUAUCCACCCCACCUGUCAGACCCGCAGAUAUCCCCCAGGACCACAGAAGACUAUGCUGCUAUGCAGCCAGCCCAGCCUAUUCUUCCGAGUCAUGGGCAGCACCUACACCUGCGUGGUCAGCAGCAGCAAGGACAGGUAUCCAGUAUACAUGGCUAUGUGCCUAGGCGUGGUGCUGGAGAGGUACCACAGGCUGGUGGCCACAGUGGAAGCAGUAGCACCCUUUACCGAAAGGAAAAUAUGGAUUAUUAUUUUUCAGUGAGUGGCAGAGAUAGGAACAGAAGAGGAGGGGUUUAUGGAGCCGGAUUUGGGUUCCCAAACAUGGAUGGGCAUAUACCUCAUCAGUAUAGACAUACGUCUGGGUCAAUUUCAUCUUCUGGAAUGGUUUCCACAUACCCCAUGGACUACAGCACCAGUGCUGCUUCUGGAAGUAGCACUGGUAAUAGCAGUGGCAGUGGUUCAUUUUCUCCAACCCAGCAGUUUAGUAUGGCUCAAAAUGCUUCAAUGCAUCCAGCUUCAGGUGCAGAAAUGCACCAGCGUCAACAUAGCCAGAAAUAUCCCUCACAUCAAGGAUCACAUCAGGGUCAGAGAGCCUAUUCCAUCUCUGGACACAGAAUACCUUCUCAGUUUGGCCACUACCCUCCUCUUAAUGCACCCACAGCACCAUCUGGAAUGUACAACUCUCCACCACAGAGGUAUGAGACCAGCAGUGGCAACAUGGAUUCCAAAAUUAAUAACUCACCCACUCACUCCAAUCCAAACUCCAGCACUGCCUCAAACAAUUCUGGACAUCAAGAGAAUGUAGGACAGACUUACCCGUCCAGCCAUCCUCCCUAUUCUCCUCAGUCUCAUCCUGUUCACAAGCAUGCCUCUCGUCGCACUCCCCAGCACAGUGUUGGAGGAGGCUAUGAUGCCUCCUUGAAGAUGCAGCAUGCUGCUGCUGGCCAUGCACACCCUAAAAAUCCUCAGUCCUCAAGUCCUGCUGCACCUCACCAUGUCUCCCAAGACAUGUCCAAAUCUCCCAUGCACUCCCAAAACCAGCAGACUCAUAUGAAUCAAAACUUUAGCCCAAUAUCUAACCCUUCUCCUGCUCCAUCUGCUGUGCACUCUCCCAGCUGCAGUUCUUCCUCCUCCCCGCUCUUGGGUGUGUCAGAAGGGCAAGGUAAUACUGCACCUCCCCACUGCCUUUCCUCACAGCCAGCAUCCAACUCUUCUCUCUUAAAUACCCGCAGCAGUCACACCAGCGUUAGGCCCUCACAUACCUUACCUCAGCUUAGCCCUACUCCUAGUUCAAAUAGCAGCAUCAGCAGUUGUGGUAGCAGUGCAGGUAGUAAGACCGCUGGUCUGAACCCAAAUGUCGUGAGCUCUGCCAUGACUCAAAAUCGAAUGGGAGUUGGUUCUCGAGGUGGGCAGCGGGAUGAAAGCUCAUCUUCUCUGUGUCCACAGGACAAGCUCUCACAAGACCCUGGUCUGAAUAGUCUCAAUGCCUUGACAUCGCAGGUAGCUAAUUUACCCAACACAGUGCAACACAUGCUGCUAACAGACACUGUGCUUUCUCAUAAGAAAGGCAGAGACCAGCUUCACCUACAGCAGCCGGCUGCAAGCCAGCAAAAACCUAAAAAUGCUAGUGCUGCCAGUCAUAUUGCAGCAAAUGAAGAAAGUGGAGAUGUUUUGGAAUCUGAGCUGGUGGAUGCAAAGAGGGAUUACGGCGAACCAACAGUCAGUGAAAAAAUGCGGCAAAUGGGUGGAUCUAGCACGGAUUCUAAGCCAGUCAACUGCUAUCAAGCAAAUCAGAGUCAAACCCAAACCCAGAUGGGGCAAAAUCGUCAUGGGUUGCAUCUGCAAAUGGACAGCAAAAUCACAGAAACAUCUGGUAAACAAUCAUUCAGUCAAGUCUCAACACCUUGUUCUCAGAUUAAGACUCCAGAAACCCAAACCCCAUCAUCCUCUUCUCCACCCUCAGUUCCUCCCUUUGCGGAACCUAGUCCAAAUCCACUUUCUUGCCCUCCUGCUCCAUCUGCUACAUCGUCCUCCACUUCCUCUCCUAUUGACGCUACACGUUCAAACUGUGUGACUGAUCCUGAUCUCAGUCAAAGUGAUGAUAAAAGUGCACUGAGGGAAAAAAUGACCUCACGUAUGAAAGAUGAAAGAAACACAGUAAAACAGGAAGAGCAUUGCCAUCAGGAAGAACUGGAUAAUGUAAAACAUACCCAGGAUGUUGUCAGUGUGAAAGUGGAAGGUUCAGUCCCAAGUAAACAAAAUAAGAAUGAAAAAGAUGAUAAGAAAAGCAGCGUACAGCAUCUUCACAGUAAACAUUUAAAUACUCCAGAGCAAUCAAAUGUAGGAGUUGUUGGUGUUAUUGUAUCUGCACGUUCUGAACAAAAUCCUGAGGCAGCUAAACAAACAGAAGCUACAUCUCCUCACUACGCCACUUCUUAUCAUCUUGGCAAACUCAACUAUUCAGAGGAGAAGCACUCUGUGUUUAGGGAUUCUGGAAGUCACAAUGGAGAUGGAGAAACUGGCAUGGAACCAUACAUAGCACACUAUGAUGUUUCCCCAAAAACUGAGUUUGGACAGAAUAUGCCAUCAAACCACUGUCACUCUGGUUCUUAUAAAUACAGCAGUCCUGAGUUACCAUACAAUACUUGCAUGGGUGCAAAAAACAAGGGAAAGGUGGGACCAGGUGGUGGAAUGAGUGCAAAUAGAUACCAAGACUAUGGUCAUUCACAGUAUAAUUUUGGUUCUUUGACGAGAAAAGAUGCUGGUGUUCUAGGCAGAAGUGGUGUAGCAGUUGGAUCAAGAGGCCAGGAUAGUAAUUCUCAGUUGCAGCAACCUUAUCCUAGUCUUUUGCAAGAGGUCCUUCAAGGUUAUCACUUAGAUCGGCGCUAUGGUCGUCCUGAACAAUCAUCUAGUGCUCAUCACCAACCUAAAAAUAUGUCUCAAUCCCAUUACCAUACCAGACUCCCUUAUCGUAUGAUUGAAAAUAUGAGGUCUCAUGGAGUAGGUCAGUCAAUAAUGAUGGGUGCCUCUGUUCAUCAUCAAAUGGCCUCAGGAAAGCCUCACAAUCAGAGUCAGGGACCAGAUCAUGAGAUGGGACUUAGCGUUCUUCAUCCCUCUUGGGAUUCUGAAGCACAAAGGCCAAAGGGAGAUCAUGUAAACUUGACCGAGAAGGGCACAACAAAUAUGUCUCCCAGCUAUUCCACUCACAUGCAGCAGUCCUCAGAUCCUUCUGCAGUAACACCUGCUAAGCACAUUAACUUAGCAGAUUACUCCUUGCCUCACAGGAAACCCCCAAGCCUAGCUACUCCACCUUCUGCUGUUCAGCAAUUGCUUUUACAGGAAACUGAUGCAUUAGCUGCUAAUACAGAAACCAUAAGUCAGACACAAUCUCAGACAUCUUCUUCAGGAAGACGCUCAGUAAUCUGUGAUGUUUCUCCAUCUCGACGCACCACUCCAGAAAGAGACAGGGGGACUUCUGGACCCUCUGUCAUUCAACAGCCACUCUCAUCUACAGGACUGAAUGAGCAAGGGUGCAGUAAGGAAGAUGUAAAAGAAAAAAAAAAGGAAGAGCCAGCAGAAGCUUCUAAGGUAAACCCCAUUGAUCUUGCAAGACCAAUUGGAGAAGCACACAGUUCGGUGCUCGCUAAGGGAGAGCCUAGUAAGACCUUACAUGCCCCCUUGGAAAUGAAUCCAGACUUACAUAGACACAGUGGUUGCAAAGGGAACACUGAACCCCGAGGCAAUGCUUCAUGCCAACACUCACUGUCCUCUGAGCCCUUAACAUCACCAACCAGACGCAAACCAUAUUCACAGGCUCUUGAUGGAUCAGGUAUGGCUGCUUAUGGGUUUGGUGAUACAGUAGAUGGGUCCAAAAUGAAUACUCCUCAUCCAUCUCAUAAUCCCUUCCAUACCUUAUCAUCUCCUAGUCAUAUUCCACCAUCAGGUAACAAAUUGCAGACAUAUUCACACCCUCUCUCUCUUCAGCACCCACACAGUAUGGAUGACAGAUUUGAUUGGUCUGCUAACACUAACAGACCUAAAGAGAUUUCUGUCCACCAGAACUCUGACCAAAAGUGUAAAAUCCAGUCCCCUAAUGAGGUUUUGCCAAAUCAGCAUCACUUGUCAAGACAACACUCUUAUCCUGGCUCUCUCUAUAACAGUGGCUCUCCCUAUGAUCUGAAAAUAUAUGAACCCUAUGCUGAAAGAGAAGGAGCUGGAAGCCAGCAGCUACACACGGGAGUCCCCCAUGAGUCUACAGGCUCACGGACAGUACAAAUCAGUGGUCCUAAGCCUCUGGAAGCAGAUGCCACACAAGGGGUGACUGAAGAAUCAGCCAAGUCAUUUCAUCCACCCACAGCUGCAAGUGCUGCUUGUUCAGGUGGUCCCAACAGCAGUAAUGUGACCCCAGGUACUCACCAAGGGCAUCGCCCAGCCAAAACUGGUGGGUCAGUAGAAACUAACCCAUUAAUGAUGAGGAGGAGGGUCCGGUCCUUUAUUUCUCCAAUUCCUGCCAAGAGGCAACUUCAGGAUUUUUCCAGUCAGAGGAGUGGAUCUUACCACUCUCCGGUACCCCAUUCUGAAUCUAGACAAUCAAAUGACAGUGAUUCAUCCAAUGUAGAUGCUCGCCCAAAACUGGCUUCCCCCAACACACCAUAUCAAACACCCAGCACAAACUCACCUCCACAGGGGAAAACAAAGAUUCUGCCACCAAGAAAGGGACGUGGCUUAAAACUGGAAGCAAUAGUACAGAAAAUUACCCCAAAUAAAAAGACCAGUUACAGUAAUAGCCAUGUAGAUGGUGAUUACUCUGAUAUAUCUCACUACAGCUCUGACAUCCCUGAUCCAGAGAUUGGUGCACCUUUCUCUAGUGCUCCCAACAGAGAAGGAGGCUGUUUGCCAUAUCUUGAUGAAGCUCAUUCUUUAGAUGAUCUUUUGCCCUUUAGAGCAGAAGAUGCAUAUUCUUGUGAUUCUCAAGUUCUCAAACAGAGUGCAACAGGUCCUACCAGUGGCACCCUAAGAAAUUUACCAACAGAUUUUGACUUUGGGUUAGGCACUUCUGGGUCUGGCACAGGGUCUGGCACAGGUGACGAUAAUAAAGAUGACUUUACCCUAUUAGGACCCUUGCCCCCGCCACCUCCAUUACCUCGUCCUGUGCAAGGCUCCCCUCCGCCAUCCUCAUCUGCCCUGUCUGAUAUACAGCAGUUCACCAAUACUUACCAACAACUGGAAACAAGAAGAGGGGAGCAAUCUGCUGCUAACCUACUCAGACAGAAACUACAGGAGAGUGGCAUGGGAUUUGAUGAUUAUGGUGGAGGGGAUUUCUAUGGCACAACCCCUCCCCAUAGUCAAAGCCCAGGACAUCACCUCCUCUCUAGAGAUCCACAGCAUCAGUUAGGCUCUACCAGGAUGCCAGGAUCAGACUCUAAAGCACCAGAGAACACUGUUCCCAAAGGCUAUUUCCCAUCAGGCAAGAAAAAGGGGCGUCCAGUAGGAAGUGUCAACAAGCAAAAACGUGCGCAAGUUCAAGUUCAGAAUGCCACAGCCAUACCUGCAGCCCCUCAAACCCCUCCUGCUGCAGGUUCUGCUGCUGUUACCCCUCAGACUACACAAAACCCCAACACAGCAGGAGAAUCAGUCACAGCUUCAGCACUGCCUGAUGAGAAACCUUGUGCCUCUGUGGAUAUACCUGCUCAGAACCAGCCAGUGAAGGUAGAAAUGGAAAGUGAUAAUAAUCAACCUGAGGUAGAUAUAAAGCCAGUGAAACACAGGCAGCGAAAGGGGAAAGAGGGUAGUGAAGUAACUGGCUCAAGAGUCAGGCAGUUUAGGAGGAGAAGAGGAUUGGCUUCUAAACCGGAGUUGGAUCCUCAGGCUGGCACUGGAGGAAAUGCAGGCCUAAGUGGGGUUUUACAAGAUGCCAGAAAAAAUGUUUUUUCCCCAUACAUACAUGUAGAGAGGAAAAUAGCUGAAAUUGGAGCUGUGUGUACCAUAGUCAAUUCAGAGGAUGAGAAAUCAAAAGGAGGAGGCAAAGGGUGUGGUUCUGCAGUUGAUGGACCCUCAAAUGGUUCUCUGGUGUCUCAGAUGGUCAGAAAAGAGAAAGAAAAUGAGAGGAUGCAGGAAAAAGGAAUUGAUGAGCAGACUGAUUCAGUUCAGUCGGGAAAGUCACUUCCAACAUCUGGAUAUGUCCUUCCAGGUCCUGUUAUAUCGGAGACAGUGCACACUGGUCGUUUCUUAUGUUGCCUGUGCCAGAAAUGGGCAAAUUAUAAGAAUCUUGGGGAUCUUUAUGGUCCCUUCUACCCAGCUGAGUAUGCUGCCAAGUUCCCGAAAAAUCAACCCCAAAUUCGACAGGUCUGGCCAAACUCUGGGUCAGCUAAUUCAGGGACAAAUUUGUCUUCUGUUUCCAUAGAAUUAGCCACCACAGACACUCAGUUGCUUCAUCAACCAAACAUUAACUCAGCAGACAAUGAUUGCACAGUAAGUCAGACCACAAACCCAGCAUCCCCUGCUACUACUAUUGGCACUGCGUCCCCUGCUACAGGUGAAGAUUUGCGAUGUCUUAGUGCUAAGAUAAGUGAUGAUGCCUCUAAGACACCAGCACAAAAUUGGGAUUCGGCGCCAGAAGUGGUGCCCGUAGUGUUGAAACCGCCUGACCUGGAGAGUGAGUUCACCCAGAAAAGACAGCAGAAGGUAGAGGACCUACAGCAACGACCACAGCAUAGAAAAUUAACUUCUCAUCCCCGUUUCAAAAGGAGACACAAAUCCAGUGAAGAUUUGCCCCGCACUAUUCCAAUUAACAGUAAAGCUUCACUGCCGUUUCAGCCUCCCCCGCCCAGCCUAGACUCCUUGGGCCCCUUGGCCCAGCUAGCUCAGCUCCCGCUGGUGCCAUUAGACCCUGAGGAGCUGUGGGUGCAUGAGAGCUGCAUAGUCUGGACUAGCGGAGUAUACCUAGUCAAUGGGAGACUGUAUGGCCUUCAGGAGGCACUAGAUGGCGCCAGAGAAACAAGCUGUUCUCAUUGCGAAAUGGCUGGUUCCACUCUGGGUUGCUACAGCAAAGGUUGCACGCUGAGGUACCAUUACCAAUGUGCUGUUGAAGCAGACUGCUAUCUAAAUGAAGACAAUUUCUCUUUGAGGUGUCCAAAGCACAAGUUUCCCCAAAACAGUAGACCAGCCAAGCCUGUCGCUGCGUAUCUGGAGCAGUCAGAAAGAGGCUGAAGAUAUACAUAUAUAUAUACACACAAAGUGAUCAGACACACCACGACUGAUGGAGCAAAAGGAUGGAACUAUGGGAGACCGGUGUAUUUACAGAUGGAGUUAUUGAUUAUCAAUGGAUAAACUGGGUUUAAAGAACACUAAUAACAGGAAAAAGAACUGACAUGUAAAAGGAUUUUUAAUUAUCUACCUGUACAAUGGAAAAAAAAUUAAAAACAAAAAAAGGAAACGAAAAGAUCAACACUACAUGGAAAAAGGACACAAUCACAGAUUGCGUUGGAUGGACACUCAAAGCAAGCUUGCAAGCUUUCCGUUUGUGGAGAGACUUUCAUAUUGUUUUGGCUUUCAGUUCCAUUGUUCAUUCUCAUGUUAUUGCAUUAUGUUGUUUUGGCCUAAACAGUGUUUCUGACAGUUCUGAGAACAAUUAGUCUUUCUGAGGAAGACUCGUGGAAAUGGAAGAGAGUCUGCAAAGACCUUUGUAGUAUUAUGGUAGUAUUAUUCACGUUAUUAUUUUAAUCACAUUUUGUUUUUUUUUAUCAGUAUUUUACUCUCCAGUGGAAUUGGAACGGUCUGAUUGGACAAACUCUUCAUUAUUGUAUGUGUGGUUGGACGGAGAAAGAGAACGGAUCAUUUUUUUCUUGGAAAACAUCAUUCCUUUACAGCGAAGCUUUCUCGUGACAUCACACAGAAUGUCGGGGUCCUGUUGCCACAGAGACGUUGUUGCCGUGGAGAACAGACAUUUAUUGCCUUCAAAGGUGUGCUUUUGCGUGCGUGUGUGUGUGUAUGUGUGUGUGUGUGUGUAUAUGAGAGAGCGAGAGGGAGCAGGCUUUGCUGCCUAUGUGCCUGUGUUCCUAUUUUUCAUCACCAGGUUUUUACAGUGGAGAAAACUUGACUGGAAAAUGAAACAGACAUGAUAUUUUCCAUGAGGAAACAAAUAGUUCACAUCAAGUUUGAGGGAGAACUGAAAUAAAACAGGCUGAGGAUGGAAAAUUCACAGAUUUCUCUGCCCGAACCAUUGGACUGAAGAGUUUAUUCCUCAUUCAGCCGCACGGGCCAGUCAUCCAUCAACCAACAUUUUUUGCCAUAACAAGAAAGGUACAUUUCCACCUGGUGUUUUGAUCAUUUUUUAUUCUUGUAAAAAAUCUGAACAAAAAAGAAUGACCAUAUGAAAUCACAUUGUACUACAAAACUGUCAAUAUGUAUAUGCUUCAUGAAUACAGGUCCUGAACAGAGAAA